CCAUUGGUUGGGUACUGGCUACGCCCGUGGUUUGGAUUGUGGAAGAAAGAAAAAGAAAGGCUCUGAGAUCAAAACCUGAAGUCGAGCGGGAAAUGAUUAUCAGAGCUUGGUUUGAAAACUUACGAGUAAUAAUUGUUGCUCUGGCUCUCAUUCUCGUUCUUCCUCUCCAUUAUCAUAAUGGCGAGGACCAAGCAUCUCUUUCGUAAGAAACGAAGGCAAUCAUCCCGUCUGUCAUCUGCUGCAGGAGUAAGCCCCGCAUCACCUGCGACUCCGGCACCCGUGGAAAAUGCUAGGAAUAAGAAAGCCGACGCACCGGAAAGUUCGACAAAGCGGCAGCAGCACAAGCCCCACCGCUACAGGCCAGGAACCGUGGCACUUCGGGAGAUUCGACGUUAUCAGAAGACUUGGACGCUGCUGAUACCGGCUGCACCUUUCAUUAGAACUGUGAAGGAGAUUAGCAACUUCUAUUCCCCAGAAGUAACUCGUUGGACGGCUGAAGCACUGGUAGCACUUCAGGAGGCAGCUGAAGAUUACUUGGUCCAUUUGUUUGAAGAUGCAAUGCUUUGUGCAAUUCAUGCAAAACGCGUUACUCUGAUGCAAAAAGAUUGGGCGCUUGCUCGACGGCUUGGAGGCAAAGGGCAGCUUCGAUGAGAGGGGGUGCAGCACUUGCUGACACAGCGACUGUGGAAAUCAAUUCUUUAAGAACUGGCUGUAAUUAUUGUUUUAUGGUUAAAGGAUUUUAUGUUAGCAUGUACUAUACAAAAUCAGCAGUUGGCAAACAUUCCAAAAGUCAUGUUACUGGUUAAAUAGCAAAUCAUGAAGUCUGGAGAUUCUUUGGAAGAGCUGUGACUGAUCCUUUCUUUUUCCCCUCAUAAUGUACCAUCUUCAGAAAGUUCAUGUUAGGAUAUCUUCAGUUCAAUCAGUGGAUGUCCAAUAUUUCACUUUCACUGCCAAUUAAUUGGGCUCCUGGAGUAGCCAUUUACUUUU